AAGAGAGAAAGAGAGAACGGUAGUAUGCGCGAUCGGGUUACUGGCGGGUGGGUGUGCGCGCUCUCUCGCUCGCCGGUUGCUCGCUAGAAUCGCGCGGUAGACGUUCUGCUAGGUGGGGGGCAGUGGACAGCUGAUCGCUGCCUUCGACGGACGGUCGUUCUCGCGUCGCUCCGAUUUCGCGAAAACACGAAAGAGAGAGAAAGAGAGAGAGAGAGAGAGAAAGAGUGAAAGAAGGAUAACGCGCGCGCGCGCGCUUCCGGUCGUAUGUCCAUUUCGAGAUAAUAUUUAAACGAGUAGAUUAUUAAAAAAAAGAAAGAAGAUAAAGAACGACGGACAAGAGAAAGAGAGAGAGAGAGAGAGAGAGAGAAAAGUAGAAAAGAAAUAGAACAUACGAGGGAAAACGAGUGAACACGAGGCGCACUCUCGAGAGGAACAGAGAAACAUUGAUAGACAUAGAAAGAGAGAAAGAGAGAGAGAGAGAGAGAGGAAAGAAAGAGUGCUCUGACGAGUGGGCGCGCGCGCGCGCGCCUUCGGACGGACAAGUGACACCGCGCUGCGCGUUACGAAUAUACAUAAGUACGUACUUCUGGAAAAAAAAAAAAAAAUAAAUUACCCUAAUCGACGUUUCAAAAGAGUUCGGGAGCGCGAUCGUCCGAUCAAGCCGUUUCCAACGACUUGUUCGCGCAUAUUUAACCUCUCCGCACGACGACGUCUUUCCUUCUCCAAUGGCCGCCGUCCGGAAACUCUUCGUCCCAAAUAAAAAGUGUCCGUUCGAUAUAAUAUAAAUACGUGCGAGAAUUAAGCUUCCCGGAAUAAUUUCUUUGCAACGUGGCCAAAAACAGGUAAUCCUUGCCAAGAGGAUGGGGGCCCACGAUGGGGGAGUGCCACUGCUCUAACAUCGCUAUCAUGCAGCUGUUCCACGAGCUGAAGCAGCAGUUCCCUGCGCUCCCUGAUUACGUCGUCUCCCAGUGCAUCGCACAGAUGCGUGUGCGUUGCAGAACAGCCACGACAGGGAGAUAUGCGCGAGAAGUCUACGAGCAACCCAAGAAUCGCGUCCAACCCCGGGCGCUUUUCCACUGCCCCCACCUGCUGUUGCUGUUGCUGCUCAACAUCACCAUCAAUCGCAUCAUCAGCAGCAACAACAGCAGCAUUAUCAGCAACAACAACAACAACAACAGCGUUGCUGCGCAAUGAAUCACCAUCAAUCGGCGCAACGUAUUACGUCGAAUGGCAAUGGUUCGCGACCUCCUAGGCCAGCCUCAUUGGACAUCGGCGUGGCACGACGUUAUCCUAUUGGCUGUUCACGUACCGCGGCAUCGCCAUCCGUAACUACGAACGAACCACCUGCACCCUCUUCCGCACCUGCGGCUUGUAAAGCACGCGGUUUUUUCGAUGACGUCCCGUCCGCAAACACCAAUGGCAACAAUUGCUCAAGUAGCAAUGUUGCUCCUGGAUUCGAACUCAACGUUAAUGUCGCCUGCAGUCCUGCGGGCAACCGCGACUUCCGAACGGUGCCGACAAUCGGUACAUGUAAACGAAGCGACCUCGUUGUCGAACCCCGACCCCAUUACGCGGAACCUCAGUUGGCUGUAGGAAAAAACGCUGGACAAUUUGAUCACGCGCGAAGUUACACAUCGGUAAGCUUGACACUGAGGCCACCAUCGUCAGAACCACAACCACCGAUCGACAUCAGGUCGCAAGGUUCGAGUUUAACAUAUUCGACCUCGUCUUUGGACCCACGAGGAUUUCAAAGCCGCUUGCAGAUUAGCAUCGGCCCGGGAAGCGUUGGCAGUGUAGCUGCAGCAAGAAUCAGACCACCGAUGGGUCCGGCCAGGCCUAAUAGUCUGCUUCCCCCCGCUCAAAUUAGUCCUCAGAGGCCUCCAGGACUUCCUGCCGGACCUCCGAGUCAACUGCCAAGGCCGACGACAACAAUGAGUGCCCCGACUACCCCUUCGGUUCCAACAAUAACGAAUAUUAUUUCGUCUAAUAGUCUCCCUGCGACUCCGUCUGAACCAACGGCAAUCUCUCCUCCCUCUAGUCCCGUUAAAGAAAAACCGUUAAUCGGCCAGGAUCAGAAUCGUUCGCCGUUAAACCAAGUGGCUGAACAUCAAAGAAAACUGGUCGCUGAACAAUUAGCAAGGAAGGAAAGGCUUGCCAAGGAAUUAAGAGCUGAAAAGGGACGACUCGAAGCAAUGAAGAAAGAACUGCAGUCUUUAGCGAGACCCCCAGAUUCUUCGAUAUCGCCUCAGGAACUGAAGAAAAAAUUACGAAGCGAAAUUUACCAAUUGCAAAUCGAAUGCGAUAGACUUGCAGACGAAGUGGAUCAGUGGUCGGAUCCACGAGUACCUUUAGGUGAAACAAAUGAAGAAUUUUAUCAGGGCAUUUAUACCGGUCAACCUUUUCUACCGUCCUCUCAUCUGGCACCACCGUCGUUAUCAAAUCAGCCACCAGUUUGGCAACCUUCUACGGGUACUGCCGAUGUAAAUGAUAGAGAAGAAGAUAGAGAUGGACCUUCGUGGGUCUGUAGGAUGUGUACUUUUGAUAAUCAUCCGUUGAUGAAUAAGUGCGAACAGUGUGACAUGCCGAGACUUUUGGAUCAUGGCAAUGCAGGUAGGGUACAUGGAUUGCCGCUUGAACAAGCCAAUACGUCAUCGUAUGUCCAAUUUAAUAAUCUUCUACAUGGUUUGUUCGAUCGAACGAAUAAACCAUCCUAACGGCAUGUUUUUUAAUUUUUUUUUUUUUUAUUUUAUUUUAUUUUACAACCAGUUUUGAAUGAUUUAUUGAGUGAUUAAACUGAUACCAAGAAUUUAUCAAACCAUUUACUAAUCUUUUAGAUAACUAUUUCUUUGCAGUUUUAUAUUACCUUAUGAAAACACUUGAUCAGAGGUGAUCUUAAUUUUUAACUUGUUAAUCGGGAAUAUUUGCGAUCGGUUAACUUGUGAAUUUCUUUGAUUAAAUAUUUGAUAAUGUUGACAAGAAGUUUUAGAGAAAAAAUGAAUGAUUUAAAUGUAUGUUUCUUUAAUAGAAGUGAGAAACAAAUGAUUUAUUUAUUCUUUUCUUCAAUACUGAUUUAUUUAUUCUUUUCUUCGAUAAAUGAAGAGAGUUAAAGAUAAAUCUUUGCAAAGAGAUAAAUAGCCCGGUUAAGAGGUUAAAACAAUGUGAUAAAAUUUUGUUGAAGUAUUUGAUUUUUGUCAAGCUCUAAUCGUUCGUAAUUUUAAUGAAUUUAUUAUUGUACAUAUUUGCAGCGAAUUUGUUGUUGUAUUUAUAGUUAUUAUAACGGCUCGUACGUAUUUCUAAUCAGUGAAUACAGUACAAUGAUGGAAAGAA